AAUGCAUGCUUUAGGAUACAACUCCACACACAUUAUCACUUUAGAGCAUAUUCAUGUUCUUUCAUCCUUCAUCUGUUGUUUAGCAUCCAUGUUUAUUUCUUUUCUUGCAUUCCCAUAAUCUUGUUUGAUUCUCUGCCUUCAACAAUUGAAAUAUGGAUUCAUACAUAGUCAAGUGCGAAUCUUUGUCAGUCAAGACACUUUUGAAAUAUUCAUCUGUGGAGAAAGCUUUGACCAACAGAGGAUUGAGGAGAUCUUUAACUGCAAGCAUUUUUCUCCAUCAUGGACAAUUGCCAAGUCCAAAGGGCAAGCUUAGAAGGACAAGAACCAAGAGCAACCUCGAAGAUCAAAAGCUCAAGCACAUCGCACUUUAUAUGGUUCUAGCAAUCGAGGGAUUCUCCAAGGAAAGGAAUGCAACUACUCAUUGAACAAUCAUACUUUGAGAGAUCUAGGAGUCAGAUUUUGCUAGGAACUUGAAUGCUACCAUGUUGAUGUACUUAGUGUGAUGUACUAGGCUUUUACUUUGUAAUGAAUGACCAUCUUUGUA